AUAUGCUGCCUUUAAUAUUCUUAAGUCUGGUUGGGUCUGCACUCAGCUUACCGGUAACCGACGAUGUGAUCAGAAACUACGAGUCUUACAGGCUGCCGAAUCAAUCGUUUCCAACAUUCUACGAUGUUCGACUAUUCUUCGAUCCGAUGAAUGUCGUUAAUUUCACAGGAGAUGUUUCUAUUCGACUAUUUGCAAAUGUCCCCAUUAAUGAAAUUGUAUUACACGCGAUGGCCAUGGAAAUAAAGAGUGUUGAGUUAUACGCUGCAUCGAACGAAAAUGAGAAUUUAAUGAGAGGAUACGUUUUAUCAACUGAUGAUACUCAUUUUUUGAGAGUUGAAUCGACUCAGACGCUGGUGCCUUUGCAGGCAUAUAUUUUGAAGAUUGAGUACGUGGGAACGUACGCAGAUAAUAUGUUCGGUGUUUACGUAUCAACUUAUCAGUAUUCAGGUCAGACUGUUAAUUUAAUUACAUCGCAGCUUCAACCGACUUUUGCCCGCCGUGCCUUCCCUUGUUACGAUGAACCUCUUUUCAAGGCCGUGUUCAGAACUACAAUUUAUGCACCACCAGAAUACCCUGUCGUCAGAACUAAUAUGCCUGAAAGAACUGAUCUCUCAAAACCAAAUGUGGACGGUUACGUUAAAUACGAGUUCCAAGAUACACUAGUCAUGUCUAGCUAUCUCUUGGCUUAUCUAGUUUCCAACUUCGACUUCAUCUCCAACGAACAAAACGAGAUCUAUAACAUCCCCUUCAGAGUCUAUUCCAGACCAGGAACACAGAACACCGCAGAAUUCGCUUUAGACUUUGGUCAGCACAAUAUGAUUGCUCUGGAGAACUACACCGAGUUUCCUUACGCUAUGCCGAAACUCGACAAGGCUGCUGUCCCAGAUUUCGCAGCUGGGGCUAUGGAGAACUGGGGAUUGGUUAUAUACAGAGAGGUGGCGCUUUUAGUCCAAGACGGAGUUACAACAACCUCGACGAAGCAGAACAUAGGCCGUAUCAUUUGUCACGAGAAUGUGCACAUGUGGUUUGGUAAUGAAGUCAGCCCUCUCAGCUGGACUUAUACUUGGUUGAACGAGGGUUUUGCGAACUUCUUUGAAAAUUAUGGCACGGAUUUGGUCUUACCAGAAUGGCGUAUGAUGGACCAAUACGUUUUGUUGCUUCAAAAUGUAUUCCAAAGCGAUGCCGUGUUGAGUGUGAAUCCUAUGACUCAUCCCGUGUACACUCCAUCUCAAGUUAUGGGCACCUUCAAUGCUGUCGCUUAUCAGAAAUCCGGUUCCGUCAUUCGUAUGAUGCAGCACUUCCUUACGCCUGAAAUAUUUAGAAAAGGUCUUGUUAUCUAUCUACGAAACAACACCCGUAGCGCAGUCGGUCCAGCCGAUCUCUAUGCUGGCCUUCAGCAGGCAUUGGAUGAGUCUACCCACACUAUAGAUUGGCCCAUUUCAACGAUUAUGGAGAGAUGGGCCACACAAGGUGGAUUCCCAGUUCUUAAUGUCCGAAGGUCGGCUGCGAGCGCUGAAUCUAUAUCCGUAUCUCAGCAACGUUUCUUAACUGAUACAUCCUUAUCAUCAACGGACACUUGGCACGUACCUAUUAAUUGGGUACUUUCAACUAAUCCAGACUUCUCAGACACGAAGCCUCAACGUUGGAUUUCACCCUUUGGUCCUGCCUUAGCUAUUGACAUACAAGGGCUCAGUGGUGCUGAGUGGUUCAUUGUCAAUAAACAACAAACAGGUUACUACAGAGUCAACUAUAAUGUUGAAAACUGGCAAGCCUUAGCAAAUGUUCUCAUCAGAUCUCACAACACAAUUCAUUUAUUAAAUCGGGCCCAAAUCAUCGACGAUUCCUUCAACCUCGCUAGAAAUGGAAGACUCGACUACAGGUACGCAUUCGAAGUGUCCCGGUAUUUGAUUAAUGAAACUGAUUACAUCGCUUGGGGAGCGGCGAACGCGGCCUUCAGUUAUCUCGACAUUGUGCUCACCGGGUCGAAGGCCUAUCAACUAUUCCAGGAAUACGUUCUUCAUCUCACCGAACCUUUAUACGCUCGUCUUGGAUUUGACGUUGCUUCUGGAGAAGAGCACGUGACUGCAUUCCAUAGAAAUAUUAUCCUCAACUUGAACUGCCGUUAUGGUAAUCAACACUGCGUCAAUAGAUCGCAAGAAUUGUUGCAGCAACUCAGAAACAAUCCCGGCCAAACCUUGAACCCGGAUAUUCAGACGACAGUUUUCUGCUCCGGUCUGCGUGGAGGCAGUGCUGAAAACUUUAAUUUCUUAUGGGAGAGGUAUCGUGCCAGCCAGGACUCUAGCGAGCAAUCUAUCCUCUUAAAUGCUCUUGGAUGUACUUCGAAUGCGACUCUUCGGAACUUUUAUUUAAAUCAAGUUAUUGAUGAGAACUCCUUCGUGAGGGAGCAAGACAGACAUACGAUUCUUGUGUCUGUUAUUAACUCGAGUCCUGAAGGCAUGGAAACGGCUUUACUUUUUGUCCUGGAACACUUUGCCAUGAUCCAACCAAACGUACAACUUCUUACUGGUACAACAAACAUUCUCAACGCUUUUGCACGAAGAUUGACGACCAGAGAGCACUUAACAAUAAUUAACACCUUUGCAACUCGAUACCAGCAAUACUUCUCCGCCGGAGAGAGAGCGUCAGUGCAAGCUAUCACAGAGAACAUUGCGGCAUCGAUUACCUGGACCCAGAGAAAUUACAAUAUGGUCGAUGAUUGGCUUAACGUCAACUAUGGAAACAACGCGAAUAUCUUAACGUCUAGCUUCCUCAUAAUUAUUUCUAUCUUCAUCACCCUCUACAAUUAUUGAGGACUGUUAUUUAGUAUUUGUGAUAUUAAGUUAUAUUUAUAAUCCAUUUGUAAAAUAUAAGAGAAUAAAUGAAAUAAAAAUAUAUUGACGUUAUAAUUUUA